GUACUAACGACCUUGAAUUAUGUAAACAUGUGGAACCGAGCAAACUUCAGAUCGGUGGAGCAGCUGAUGGCGAUCCUCCCUUGAAAAGUGCAAAAUCUAGCGAAAUGGCUGUGAGAAGCCAAGAGAAAUCCCUGUUCACCCAAUUCUGUGAAUACAUGGAUCGGGAGACGAGAGGAGUUGAGAUUGGAGUUUACACAAUUUCUGGCGUCCUCCUCGCCGUGGCAUGCCACAGAAUGCGACCGAUCACAAAGUUCCGGCAUCCGGCGCAGAUUCCACAGCACUUCAUGCGGAACAAGCUGAAGCAAUUUGGGCGUGUGGAGAGCGUGGAGCCCAGCCAGACCGCCGGUCCGCUGCUGCGGAUCAACCACAAGCCGCCCAUUAACAUCUUCUUUGGCAACAGAGACACGCUGCCGGUGAAGCUGGCCGGCGUGACGGUGAAUCACAACGGCUUGUCGUGGCUUCAGGGAGUGGCGGUGGAUCACAAGGUGGAGUUCAUUCCGCUGUUCACGCACGCCGAGGCGGCCGAAUGUGUGGUGUUUGUGCUGCCGAGUGAACAGGAGAAGCGGCUGAAGAAGAAUCCCCGCAGUCUCGACGUUGCAGAAGCUCUGCUGAGUCUAGGUUUCGCCCAGACCACUGGAGUUCCUGCCCAAGUGCCUCUCAAGGACAAGAAGAUGCGUGACUACUACAAACUCCUGACCUAUGUGGAGAAGAAGGCGAAGAAUGGACGCCAGGGCGUCUGGUCAACGAAGAUUCCGCCGCCUAUUUGGCCGCUGCGCCUGCUGAGAGACUCCUUCGACAAACUCCUUCUCUCUGUGCUGCCCCAGUCGCGACGCCUGCCGCAACUGGUGCGCUAGACUGGUGAGUAAACCAACCCAGAAGCUGCCUUUCCACUUAGUAAUUUGUCUCCCCAUGAGCUCAGCAAUUAAACAUUUGAUUACUUUU